CGUGUACCGCACCGAUAUAACCUCGUUUAAUAAACAAAAUAAAUUUUAACUUAAUAAAAAUCUUUUAAGGGGAUGAACGCACACAUACCCAACAAUGACAUUUUUGUUCGACAGUACGGUAGUAUUUUCCUCACAGGUGCUAUUCUUCGCGGGUGCUUGGAUAUUUUUUAUGAAACAGUUAUUUAAAGAUUACGAAGUAAGACAUGUAAUGGUUCAACUAAUUUUUAGUAUUACGCUUACCCUAUCCUGCACAAUGUUCGAACUUAUCAUUUUUGAAAUACUAGGUUUUUUGGAGUCGAGUUCCAGAUAUUUUUACUGGUAUCUAAUGCUGUAUUUACUACUCUUCGUUGUUAUUGUUUUAAAUCCUUUUUAUAUUGGAUAUUACUGCAUCAGUAAUAUAAGAUAUGUAAGACAAGAUUAUAUUAAACACCUAACGAUACUGACUUGGCUGAUUUUCUUGACAGUAUUUUGGAAAAUAGGAGAUUCGUUCCCAAUAAAUAAUCCCAAUCAAGGGUUUUUUUCUAUUGAACCCCUAGUUUCGCGUAUUGGAGUAAUUGGGGUUACUGUCAUGGCUCUUUUGUCUGGUUUCGGCGCUGUGAAUUACCCUUACACAUCAAUGAAGUAUUUCAUGAGAGAGGUAUCCGAAAGUGAUGUAUUAAAUAUAGAGAAACGAUUACUGCAAACAAUGGAUAUGAUUGUAUUUAGAAAAAAAAGGAUUGCAAUCACCAAAAGACAAUUGCAAGAAAAAAAUAAUGAUUCUGGUGGACGGAAAGGCAUAUGGAGUAUGAUUUCGUCUAUGGGGCUGACCAAAAGUAAUGAAAGUAAGUCGGGUGAUAUUACCCAACUUAGGUUGGAAAUCGACGGAUUGGAAGAAGUUAGCCGUCAACUUUUUCUCGAGGCGCAUGAAAACCGAAACAUGCUCGAACGCAUCGAAUGGUCCAAAACAUGGAAGGGGAUUUAUUUUAAUUUUUUGGGAUAUAUAUUUUCGGGCUACUGCCUCUGGAAAAUAUUUAUAUGCACUAUAAAUAUAAUUUUCGAUCGAGUCGGUAAAAAAGACCCCGUCACAAGAGGCAUAGAAAUAGCAAUUCACUGGAUGGGAUUUGAUUUCGAUGUGGACUUUUGGUCGCAACAGAUUUCUUUUUAUUUGGUAGGAUGUAUAGUUGUGACGUCCAUAAGGGGUCUGCUUCUCACUUUAACCAAGUUUUUCAACCGGAUGUCGUCAAGUAAGAGCUCGAACAUUAUAGUACUAGUUCUGGCUCAAAUUAUGGGGAUGUAUUUUGUAUCGUCCGUGCUACUGCUCCGAAUGAAUAUGCCCGCUCAAUACAGGAUCAUCAUCACUCAAGUACUGGGCGCAUUGCAAUUUAACUUUUAUCACAGAUGGUUUGAUGUAAUAUUUUUGGUGAGCGCUCUGGGAAGUAUAGUGACGCUCUAUCUCGCUCACAAACCACCUGUUAGAGGAGAUAUGUGAUUUAUUAAUUUAAGAUUAACUAUACCUCUCCCACUUAGGAAACAAAAAAACCCUUUUUUAUAUAAGUGUAAUAUUUAUUUGGCUAUUGGGGAGCAUAUUGCCGAAAAAGCUUUAUUUAUACAAAUAAGUGUAAUAUUUAUUUGGCUAUUGGAGAGCAUAUUGCUCCAUUUAUUAUUAUUCUCUGGUUAGCCAUUUGUUUACUGUCUUAUAACGUCACACGGGAGUGACGUUUUCCAACAUUUUGUUUUCUAGAGACCUCUCGACUAGCCUUAUUGUUAGCCACCCUAUAUUUUAAUUUUUAUAUUCCUGUAAAUAUUUGUUUAAAUAAGAAAAAAC